CCUCCUGCGUGUCAGCUGUGUUUUUUAACAUAGUUUCAUCAUGCUGCACUGAAGAAAGAUCUGCUCAGUGCAACUUACUAUACUUUGACCAAAAAAUGCUUUGCUAAACUCUAUAUAGUUGUAUUUUCAUGAAAAACGCAGAGCUGUGGGGCAGAGUUGUCAACUACUUUUUUUCUUCAGAGGAUUAGCAUUAGCUAAAGGUGGCUAAGCUAUCUAAUAAUAACACUGUCAGCGAUAAGUUUAACUUGAAGCUCCCCAGCUCUGGACACAUCUUUGUACCCUUAAAACUGUUACAGAAAUGCAGGACUUAUUCGUGUCUGCUCCAGGGAAGGCGAUUCUCCACGGCGAGCAUGCUGUUGUGCACGGAAAGGUUGCUCUUGCUGUGAGUUUGAACCUGAGGACAUAUUUACGGUUGACAGACACCACUACUGGCACUGUUUGCAUAAACCUCCCAAAUAUUGGCACAUUCCUCUGCUGGGACCUGUCUGACCUGAAGCAGCUUAUUCCUGAUUACUGUGGUAAGAGGGAGGAGCUGAAACUUCUGGAUGCUGAACUUGUGAAAAGAUUGCGUGAAUUUGUUGGUGUCACCAAUGGAAACUUGGAUACUUGCAACAUGGCCACCCUAGCCUUCCUCUACAUCUACCUCUCACUGUUUGGAUCAAGUGAGCUGCCCAGCUUGACGGUGUCUGUGUGGUCGGAGCUGCCGACUGGAGCAGGACUGGGGUCAAGUGCUGCCUACUCUGUGUGUUUAGCUGCAGCUCUGCUCUGUGCAAGUGGAGCCAUCCCCGCUCCUCUCAAAGAGGGGGAUCAUACUGCCAGGUGGUGUCAGGAGGACCUGGAGCGGAUCAACAGCUGGGCUUUCCUGGGGGAGAAGAUCAUCCACGGUAAUCCUUCAGGAGUAGACAACGCUGUCGGAACAUGGGGUGGCAUGCUGAGAUUCUUAGCAGGGAAAAUAAUACCACUGAGCAGGGUGCCGUUAUUAAGAAUCCUCCUCACUAAUACCAAAGUACCACGUAGCACCAAGGUACUUGUUGCCAGGGUGAAGGACAAGAUUAACAAGUUUCCCUCCAUCAUGACCCCAGUGCUCGACUCAGUUGAUGCCAUUUCCUGCACUUGUGAGAAAGUCCUCUCAGAGAUGACCUGUGAGCCCAUCACUGGAGAGCACUACAACAUUCUAGAGGAGCUCAUUGACAUUAACCAGCACCAUCUGAAUGUGAUGGGUGUGGGGCACCCUUCCCUGGACACAGUGUGCAGAGUUACACUGACCAAAGGGCUCCACAGCAAGCUGACCGGCGCAGGGGGAGGAGGCUGUGCCAUCACUCUUCUGAGACCAGAAACGGACUCCUCCGUUGUCCAGACUACAGCGCAGGACUUGAAAGACUGCGGCUUUGACUGCUGGGAAACGAGUAUUGGUGGGCCGGGUGUCCAGCAGCACUCUCCUCUCUCUGUUAAGGAGGAAGUUCUGGAGAUUUUAAACCGUUACUGAGACUGUGGCGGGACAAAUGGACAGUUUGUCUUUUUGUUGUCUUUACCUCAAGACCAGAGGUACGCUCAGCUAAUGAAGUGAACCAAGUGGACCAAAGGAGAUUUCACUCUGAGUGGCGCUGGACAGAGUUCUCCUGACAGAAAAACAAUCUAAUCACUUUGGGACUAACAACAUGAAACUGUGUCUCUAACAUAUUACUGAUACUCAUUUUGAACCGUGAGAGGGUACAUGUAUGUGUAUUGAGCGCUUUGUCCACUAGAGGGCAUCAGAGUUGCACAAAUGCCUUUUAUGAAUCAGGAUUUAUGGUAAGAGGCUCUGAUGUAUUGAUUAAGUGAAGCUCUGACAGAAUUAAUUUAUAGUUUCAUCCAAAUGUUUAACGCAGUAGGGCCAACAUUUCCUAAUGGAUUAGAUGAUUAAUUUCUCACUCUUGGCAUUGUUACACACUGUUGUUGGAUAACUGCUACAAUGAACGCGGUUGUUUUACAAAAAUGAUGAUGAGACUGAUGAAGUAGAUACUUUUUUGCUUAUUAUUCAGAUGUUUUCUUUAGUCAUCACAGUUCUUCAAAGAGAUUUAUUAAAGUGACUGUGCUUUAUUGUUUCCUGUUCUCACCAACAUUGCUUAUGAUGCAGCGAAAUAUCGAUGUCAUAAAUAUACUCUGAGGAGCAUUUGCAUAUAAUGUAAAACUCAAACUCGUAAUUUAUUAUAUAAAAAAAACAGAAGUUU